AGAGGGAACAUAUUGCUUGAGUCAUGUAUACAGUAAAUCACAAUUUUCUACUAUUUAUAUCUAUUAUUAAAAUCUAUGAAGCUACAUAGUUGUAAAAAAAACUCGUACCACCUUCUAAUUACCUUAUAACUUCGAAAACUGCCAAGAAAUUUCAGCGUGAUGUUAGAAUGCAGAACGAUUUUGUUCGUUACAUCACAUGUUAAACGAGUGACCAAAUAUAUUGACAUACAGUUUGGCACACAUUCGAUUUGUUUUCGUUAGAUGUUAAAGAAUGAUGAUAAAAUCUGUAAAUCCUUGAUCAAUUUUGUUCUUUCUGUAAACUGUAGACGGUGCUUUGUUGAAUUAAUUCUGGCCCUCAAAGGUACUGCAUUUUUCUUUGUGUAUAUUAUCUAUGAUUUUAAGCAUUUAAAUGUUUAUAUUGUAUAGUUUAUGAUCAUGCUUAGUUUAUUUCAAGUAUGAAUUAAGCCCAAGAUUAACCCCUCCCAUAUCAAGUGGAUUGUUUAUUGUUACAUAAUAUAUUAUUAUUAUAUAUAUAUAUAUGAUAUAUGAUACGUUGCAGUGACGAUAUAUUAUCAUCAUCAUCAUCAUCAUCAUAGUUAUUCUAAUUAUAAUAAUUAUAAUAAUUAUUGUUAUUAUUAAAUUACAUUAUGUAUUAUGUAGAGUAAUUGCUCAGGAUUGUUUAACAUUUAUAAUAUAUUGUGAUUAUUAUAAUAAUUACCUGUGUGUGUGUUAUAUAAUUUUUAUAUAACACGUUUCAAAUAAAAUCUAAUAACCACCGAAUCAACGUCCGACAAUACGCGAUAUUUCUCAAUAUGUAUUUUAUGAUGUGAUGGGUGAAGUAACGAACUACAUUAUCGGUGAAAAACGAAGACUGAGCCAUUGUUGAAGUUUCAAACUUGGAGCGCUCAGGAUUCCGAGUGGCGCCCAAUCAUGAACAAUCGUGUUUGAAAUUAACAGUGCAAUGGAUUGUAGAAGUUAAACCGUACAAAACUGCUCUCCGAGGUAAGCUGAACCGAAGAAACGCAUUAUUGAAUAGGAAAUGUCGAAUACACCUCCGAUUUUGAGGCCUACUGAACUCCAGGAAUGGAAGACUCGAGCCACUCAACAGAUUACUGUUUUUUUGCAAAAUGUCAAAGGUAAAUUAAUGUCCGGUGCAUUGGAAGAGCAGAAAAAGGCUAUUGAUUGCUUAAUGAGUGAGUUGUACGGAGAUUCGGGGAUGGAAAAGAAUCUCCUGUUUGUUGUCUUCCUAAAAUCUGAGAUAAUCACCUUACUCUGCGAAAUUACAUUGGCCAUGCGGAGUUGGUCACUAGUAACGUCUACACUCAAGUGCCUCGAAAGUUUAACAACGUGCGAUCAAUUUUACAAACAAACUCACGCCUCAUAUGUUGUCGCGUCGAUUUUGCGGGCUGGUUAUUUCCUCAAGUUAGAAAAUGUCACGGAAGAAAAGCGCUUUAUGUUAGAAUCAAUCGCCAAUACUUUGGCGAGAAUAUUCGAAGGCGCUGCUCUGUUUCGAGUGUUGCCUGAAACGAUAUGUGAAAUUAAUAGAAUAUUAGAAUUCUUCAGUGAUUUGAUAACCAGAGAAACUCAAAGCGCCGGUAUCAUAUUCUCUACUGCGAAAAUUCUUAGUAUAGUUCUACGAUCCAAACAUUGUGAUAAAACGAACAAAGUGACGGAUAAGCAUAGCGAUGUAGUCAGCAUCGUCACCGUCACGCUAAAUCUUAUGAGCCAAAUGAUCGAUGAGCCAAAUUCAACGGACGCACAUGUGUUCAGGUCAAUCUUGAUGACGUGUGCUGUCUGUGCAACAGUGAUUACAUUAUGCGAUGCAGCGAAUAAUCACAGCAUUGACGCAAAGUGCAGAACGGAUUUGGCAUACUGUAUUUAUUCCUCAAUGAUGAAAACCGUAAUUCCUAAUUUUAAUAGAAUUGAAUUGGAUGAAAAGAAUGGCGCGUUUUACACGUGGUUUGUUAGCUGCUUGAUCGGGAUUUACGAUCUUGAAUUCUGCGAUACCAGAGAACUCUCAGAUUAUCUAGCUCUGCAAGGAUUUUUGCAAACUCUGUCACAUUUGACGACAAUUUCGCCACAAAACUUUAGAAACGAGACUCUGCUGCUACUUUCUAAGAUCCUGACAUCUCUGGCUACCGUUUCAUUGUCUGCCAAUACCUGGCCUGGCGGGGCAAAACAAUUCCAAAAGUUUCUGUUCAUUGGUUUCAAAUGUCUACCUCCGGAUCCAUCAAGUUGGAUUUCCACCCUGAAAGAAGGGGAUGACAGGGCUGAUGCGUUGCUCGUAUUAUUCUACUACCAUCUCCAUGUGAGAAUGGGAGACGCUGCUCGAUAUUUGGAAAUAAUUGUUGCCUACAUAAUUUCGGCGUCGAGCUCAAAGAUCUUCAAGCGGAAGUCAAUCACAGUAGAAAAGGCUCUUUGGUUCAUAUUCUGCAUCGCGGCAGUCUCCCACGAGAAACCUUCGAGUAUCAAUUUAUACGAUGCGGCGUCAAACCAAUUGUUCAAAUCGCUUGAAAAUACCACAGAUCUUGGGCAAUACUAUACCCAUCACCCCGCUGUCGUGAUUCAUUCUCUUCAGAACACUGAGAUUUCCGACAAACUGAGAGCGGAAAUAUUUUGUCUCUGGCUCGACGACGGAGGAGACGUCGAAUCCCUCGUCGAGGCAGCCCCGGAAAUGACCAGCUGCUGCCUAAUGGGAUUGGUGAGGACGGGAACUGUUAAAAAGGUAGAAGUGGCUGCCAAGGCGAUCUUCGAAAUGGCGAACAGUGUUGGCGCUGUUAAAGAGCUGAUUGGUGAUAUGGUCUGGGAUAUUUUACCGCAAAUGAUAGCCUCCAGCGAUGAAAAUCACGCCCACAACACGAUAAUGUUCUUAAAGCUCGCUAGCUCUUUCAAACCCAAAGAAAUGUCAGGAGAUGAUUUGAUCCGUUCGUUGUAUCAGUUGAUCAAAUUUAUUCUGAAAAAUGAGUCCGAUAUGAAGCUUAUUUCUUUGGGAAUUACGGAAGCUCACAUCCUCCUGGAGCAGUCGAUUCGACGCGAAGACCUCAGAGGUGUUUUAAUGUUUACAACAGAGCCGAGUCUAAUCAGAGUUCUUAAGUCUCACGCUUUCGCUAAGGAAGACGCUGCUCUUUCAUACACGUGUUUUUAUUGCUUAUCUUCUCUGAUUGAGUGUCAAGCAAAACACUCCGUUCAUUGCGAGAGCAGUUUGAACAUACGAUUAGAGGAUUUACUGGAACAAUUAUUCGCCGUAGAGUUUACAGGCGCCUUGCGAUUCACGGUUGCUAUGUUCGCUGACGUCAUCGAAAAGCCAGUUAUUUCUUUCAGCGAUUUAUUUUCCGACUCUAAUAGCGAUAAGCUAAUCAGGAGGCUGUAUUUACAGCUUCACGUCAUACACGCGAAGGGUACACCUGAGGAUAGAGACUUGUCCUAUAAAGCACUCACGGGCCUUUUGGAACGCUGCAGCGCAGCGAACCACCCUAAUACUUUGAAAAAUUUAUGCGAUCAGCCGUGGACCUAUGUUCUGAUCAAGAUGACGAUCGAGGGAGAUCGGAUUACGGAUCCUUUUAUGCAAUUUCUAUCCAAGUGGUUCAACUUCCGGUUCUCCGUGUCACCGGUCGAAUUUGAUGUCAUGUUGAACGAUCAAAAACUCUGCAAAGAUCAAUUCGAAAUCACAUUGGAUCUGGUUGGAAAAGCUGCGCUAAAUCUUAUCAGGAAGCGAAUGAAGACGGAUUCCCUUUCGAAACUUCUCCAAAGUCUGAUGCUUUAUCAAGAUCUAUUGACGAAAGACCUGCGUAUGAGAUUGAGUCAACUGGCGGAACAGCGGCCAAGCGAAAGUUUAAGCAAUAGAAAGGUCAGUGAAUAGAAUCUUAAACUUGUGAUAAAUGUUGGCUAAAUGUAAAGAAAAUGAUCUCUAGAUUCUACGUUAAUAUGAGCAUAGGUGUGUGCAUCAGUUUAUGUGAUAAUCUAUCAUAGACGCAUACUUUUAAUUAUCGAAAACAUGCCUCACCAUUCUUCCAAAAUAUUCAACAUUCGUUAGUACCGUGCGAUUGUGUAAUGUUGGUAAAAAAAAUAAUCAAAU